ACUAAAAUCUCUGGACUCGGCUUCCUGAAGAUCCAUGCUCCUUGGACCGUUUUGUGUCGAGAGGCUGAGAUGAUGAAGCUCAAGAUGCCAACAACAAAGCUCUAUGAGGUGAAACAAGGCACCAACAUAGUGGAGAAAAUCCGACUGUUCAUUCACAAAGUCACCGAUCCUCUCCACCCGAAAGUGGGUCCCACACGACUUGAAGAUGUCAAAUCGUUGUCUCUUCCUUUUUCAAGGGAGAAGCAGCAUCUUUUUGACCUGUCAGACAGAGACCUCUUCUUUGACAGCAAGACGAGAAGCUCCAUCGUCUAUGAAGUACUGAAGAGAAUAAGAUGGACAAGACCCAACUACUCCAUGGGGAUCACCAGUCUGUUAGCCAACGGUGUCUACACAUCUGCUUUCCCCCUGCAUGAUGGAGAUGUUGAGGGGGAUGGUGGAAAACCUAAUGACAGACAGUUGCUGUUCGAGGAGUGGGCCAGCUACAGUGUUUUCUACAAGUACCAGCCUAUUGGACUGAUCAGGAAGUACUUUGGAGAAAAGGUUGGCCUCUAUUUUGCCUGGUUGGGUGUCUACACACAGAUGCUCAUUCCUGCCGCCAUUGUUGGAGUCAUUGUAUUCCUUUAUGGCUGUGCCACUGUUGACGACAACAUCCCGAGCAUGGAGAUCUGUGAUCCCAGGAACAACAUUACCAUGUGUCCGCUGUGUGACCAGGUCUGCAGCUACUGGAAGCUGGUGACAGCAUGUGGCACUGCUAGAGCCAGCCACCUGUUUGACAACCCAGCAACGGUUUUCUUCUCCGUCUUCAUGGCCCUUUGGGCGGUCCUCUUUAUGGAACACUGGAAGAGGCGACAGAUGCGGCUCAACUACAUCUGGGACCUGACGGAUUACGGAAUGGAAGAGGAGGAUCACAACAGAGCGGAGUAUGAGCUGCGGGUUGCAGAGAAGACCAUGAGACAAGAUCAAGGAGCCCCAAAGGACGAGAAACCGAAGCUGACAUGCACAGACAGAAUGCCAGCUUACCUGACCACUGUGCUCAUGAUGGCCUUUAUGAUAGCUGUUACUUUCGCUAUAGCCUUUGGGGUCAUCCUGUACCGGAUCAGCAUCAAGGCAGCUCUGCACAUCAGUAGCUACCCUGUAGCGCGGUCUAAUAUCCGAGCCACCGUCAAAACCACCGCAGCCAUCAUCAACCUCAUUGUCAUCAUCAUCUUAGAUGAGAUCUACGCCUACAUCGCCCGCUGGCUCACCUUAAAGGAGGUCCCAAAGACAGACAAGAGUUUUGAAGAGCGUCUCAUUUUCAAAACGUUCAUCUUGAAGUUUGUCAACGCCUUCACCCCCAUUGUCUACCUGGCCUUUUUCAGGGGCAGACUUGUUGGGAGACCUGGAAAGUACCUGUAUGUUGUUGGAACCUACAGGAUGGAGGAGUGUGCUCAUGCAGGCUGCCUCAUGGAGCUGUGCAUCCAGCUGUGCAUCACCAUGCUGGGCAAGCAGCUCAUCCAGAACAACCUUUUUGAGAUUGGCAUUCCGAAGCUAAAGAAACUUCUCCGAAAAAGGAAGUCAGAAUUAACCUCCAAGCAAGAGGAGGAGCUCAACAAAACUCUGAAGCGCUACGAGAAAGAUCAUUUCCUGGGUCCUUUUGUGGGCAUCAACCCUGAGUACAUGGAGAUGAUUAUCCAGUUUGGCAUGGUGACUCUCUUCGUGGCCUCCUUCCCUCUUGCUCCACUCUUCGCUCUUCUGAAUAACAUCAUUGAAAUUCGCCUGGAUGCCAAGAAGUUUGUAACGGAGCUGCGCAGGCCAAUUGCAGCCAAAGCCAAGGACAUUGGGAUCUGGUACAAUCUCUUGAGGGGCCUCAGCAAGGUGGCGGUCAUUGUUAACGCUUUCGUCAUUGCCUUCACAUCUGACUUCGUCCCCCGGCUCGUCUAUCAGUACAUGUACAGUCCUGAUGGGUCUUUGCACGGCUUUGUCAACCACUCGCUGUCAUAUUUCGAAGUCAAAGACUUUGAGCCGGGUACAGCACCUAUCCAGCCACACCACUUGGGUUAUACUGUAGAUGUGUGCAGGUAUAAGGACUACAGGGAGCCUCCCGGGUCCAUUACUCCGUAUGCACUAUCAAAGGAGUUCUGGGCUAUCCUAGCCGUCCGCCUCGCCUUUGUUAUCAUCUUCCAGAACCUUGUGAUGCUCAUGAGUGAUUUUGUUGACUGGCUUAUCCCGGACAUCCCCAAGGACAUCAGCCUUCAGAUCCACAGGGAGAAGCUCCUCAUGUUAGACCAUUUUAUGAAAGAAGAGCAGGGGAAAAAGCUUCCAGUUCGAGACAACUACAACCACGACAACUACACCAGCCCCUCGCUGGAUAAUGGGAGCCCAUCCCAGCCCCGGUCCCGCCCCAAGUUCCAAGCUAGAGCUGGCUGGUAGUUUCAGAAAUUAGUCAUUAACACAUGGCUUCCUUCAUAAUCAUCAGCAAAGCUUCUGCUGCAUUUCCAUUGAUUGGGAAUUUUAAAAUGUAUGUGACAUGUUCCUGCCAGGCGUCUGUCCCCCAUAAUGUGGAUCAUUUUAGAGUAUUUCUUAUCUUAAAUGUUAUACGUAUAACACACCAUUAGUCACUGACCAAAAACUUUGUUAGUGGUGUCCUGCCAUAGAUGCACAAGUCUCACAAGCUAAUUUAUUGGAUGUAUUUGAGAGGAAGAAGCCAUUAGGGGUUACUGUGGGACCAGGUCUAGGUUUACCGUUCAGGAAGCAUUGCCAAACUCCACCUACAGCCUGACGCUUCUCAUAUUUUGAAUAAGGAUGAUCCAAGCGGCCGCCUCUCCAACAGGACCAACAAGCACCUUUCGUUUUGAAGACAACCAGAAAUUCCGUCCAAAUUAUUAUCCUGAGAGCUUUUUCCCUGGAUUUUUAUCACAGGUACAGUUCCAAAGAUCUUCAGACAAAUGUGCAACUUUUUUUUGUGUGCGUGUUGCAAAAUGAUGUACAAACAGACAUUUAUUGAGGUACAUUUUAAAUGUGCAACAUGGGCAGGCACAUGUGCAUAUCUUUCAGAAUUAGAAGCUGGUUUUGAAUGGCUGUUGGCAUCGUGACGCCUGUCUUUUUGUACAUAGACCCUAGACUGAUUUCUUACUAAAGAGGACCCCCUCUCCCAGUAAUCUUGAAGGCACAAGUUUCAGCAUUCGCUUCAACAGACUGGAAUUUUAGACCUUUAACAUCCGGCUUUGGUUUUAUUUUUUUUAUUUAAACAGCACAAAACAAAUUGUUUCAUGAUAUUUUUUUAAAAAGUUUGGCUAGAUCUAAAUGGUUAGAUAAAACUAAAGAUUUUCUAAAAAAAAAAAUAAAUAAGUGGAAAAGGGAAAAAUUAGCUCCUCCAAAGUCUCCAGAACACUCAGGCAUGAUAGUUCAUCACUACGGACAUAGCGGGGGUUUGUUUUAAUACGCUGGUUACAUUUUUAUUAUAGGUUUCUUACUUUUGGCAUUAGUAAGGGUUGAUAGACAAAAAUCACAGAAUAACUUUAGAAUGAAAUGCAUAAUGAAAAGCACACUUGCAGUAACGUGAUGAUUAGAAACACUAUUUUCAGUUUCAGAUUGGUCCACUUUAGAGAAAAUGUUUAUUUGUUUACCUAAACAAAUGCUUUUCCUGAGAUAAAGCUGCCAAAAUCAACAGGAAAUACAAGGGACGUCAAAUCUGAUUUGGUUUUAAAGUGACUGGAAUUUCAACUCAAAAGUAAAGCAUUAACGGGGUGUGUUUUUAAAGCUAAACUUUCUUAAAAUAUCUGAAAUGGUGUUAGACUGAUGUUUGUUCCAGUUGGGCUGUUUGUGUAUAGUUAAACUUAUACUAUAGAUGACCACAGGUUAAUUGGACCGUGAAAAAGCCCUUCUGGGCUUCUGGCUCAGCGGCUCUUCAGGCUGUAUGCAAACCCAGGUACCACAGGACCCCACACUCUGCCUUAUAAUCUAACCGCUGGGAUUAAAUGACAGAUUAACUUGUAUUGACUUAUUUAAGAUGUCCGCUCACACGAUAUGCUGCUGUAUACCAGUGAAACCUGGUAUACGGCAGCCCUUUUCCACCAUUGCCUUGCCUUAUUUUAACUGUGUAGAAGAUUUUCUGAUUUUACUAUGCUCUGCAUACGUUUAGCUAUCCUUUCCCAGACUGAAUAUUUAAAAAUAUAUAUUUUUAUUUUCUAUUUGCUAAAACAAAAUGUGGGAGUGACUGGAUACUGUACCGAAGAGUGGAGAUGGAACACAGACUCUGUGUUGUACUGUCAGAUAAAACUCUGCUGAGGGAUUUAAGCAAUUAAACUCCUAGCUCAGACUGAUGGAAUAUAUUUCUUUUUUAUUAAGUUAUGUAAAAUGCAUUUGAGAUGAAAAUGUUGUCUUUUUGAUUGGAUCAACGUGGCAUUUCUCAUACUAAAGGGACCAAUAGCUUAACUACUUCUACUCUUCUUUUAUACAACUGAUCUUCAAUAUUUAACUAGAAAACAUGAAACAAACUGUUUGCUUUCUGUAUACAAGCUUGGAUGUGUGAUGCAGUUUCCAGACAUUUGUUCUGUAAAGGUGUUAACUGCUUUUUUUUUUUUUUUUUGCGUUUACAUAUUUAUGGGCUGAUGUACAGUGAUGGCAGACAUGCAGGAACAGGGCCUGAGAGUGUCCAUAAGCACAGGAGCUUUAUCUCUAAUUAAUGUCCAUCUUUGUUAAAUGUGAAGACCCUCCUCGGAUGUCCUUUUCAUGUCACCCUCUGCCUUGUCCAGCUGUUUUGACUUGUUUAGGACUGUUUAGUGUCAAAGCACAUUUCGCAACAGGGAUGACUAUAUUUGCAUGUGUAACCAUUCAGUUUGUCUCUGGUAUUUUUUUUUUUAUUAUUAUUAUUGUUGUUAUUGUUAGGAUCUGCUAAAUAAACUAUGGUUGAGUACAAUAAA